AAGUGCUCUGCCGGCCCUGGCUGCCGGCGUGACUUUGAGCACUUACAGCUGCGGUGCCGGCGGCUGCGCGGACGCGGGGCAGUAGGACUCUCACUCUCGUCCUGCGCCUGACAUGAAGCUGCUGGGAGCCGCCGCCGCCGUGGCCCUGGGGCGCGGGCCGCUCUCGCGCGUCCCUGCCGUCCUAGGCUGGCGGAAGCAGCAGGCUAACUGGAGGACCUGCCGGUGGUGUUCAUCAGGGAUAAUUCCUAAUGAAAAAAUACGAAAUAUCGGAAUCUCAGCUCACAUUGAUUCUGGGAAAACUACAUUAACAGAACGAGUGCUUUACUACACUGGGAGAAUUGCAAAGAUGCAUGAGGUGAAAGGUAAAGAUGGAGUUGGUGCUGUCAUGGAUUCCAUGGAACUGGAGAGACAAAGGGGCAUCACCAUCCAGUCAGCAGCCACCUAUACCCUGUGGAAAGAUGUCAAUAUCAACAUCAUAGAUACUCCAGGGCAUGUGGACUUCACAAUAGAAGUUGAAAGGGCCCUGAGAGUGCUGGAUGGUGCGGUGCUUGUUCUGUGUGCUGUUGGAGGGGUGCAGUGCCAGACCAUGACAGUUAAUCGCCAGAUGAAGCGCUACAACGUUCCCUUUCUGACUUUCAUUAACAAACUGGACCGAGCGGGCUCCAACCCGUCCAGGGCCCUGCAGCAGAUGAGGUCUAAAUUGAAUCAUAAUGCUGCAUUUGUGCAGAUACCCAUUGGUUUGGAGGGCAAUUUUAAAGGUGUUAUAGAUCUUAUAGAGCAACGAGCCAUUUAUUUUGAUGGAGACUUUGGUCAGAUUGUUCGAUAUGAUGAAAUUCCUGCGGAAUUGAGGGCAGCAGCAGCUGACCACCGGCAGGAGCUGAUUGAGUGUGUUGCCAAUUCAGAUGAGCAGCUUGGUGAACUGUUUCUGGAAGAAAAAAUCCCCUCAGCUUCUGAUAUAAAGCUUGCAAUCCGAAGAGCUACCCUAAGCAGGUCAUUUACUCCUGUGUUUUUGGGAAGUGCCUUGAAGAACAAAGGAGUUCAGCCUCUUCUAGAUGCUGUUUUAGAAUAUCUUCCAAAUCCAUCAGAGGUCCAGAAUUAUGCUAUUUUCAAUAAAGAGGAUGACUCAAAAGAGAAAACCAAAAUUUUAAUGAACUCAGAAAGAGACAGUUCCCACCCAUUUGUAGGACUGGCUUUCAAACUGGAGGCAGGUCGAUUUGGACAGUUGACUUAUGUCCGCAAUUACCAGGGGGAGCUGAAGAAGGGUGACACCAUCUAUAACACACGGACUGGAAAGAAAGUGCGAGUACAACGGCUGGUUCGCAUGCAUGCUGACAUGAUGGAGGAUGUUGAGGAAGUCUAUGCUGGGGACAUCUGUGCAUUGUUUGGCAUUGACUGUGCUAGUGGAGAUACAUUCACAAACAAAGACAACAGUGGGCUUUCUAUGGAGUCAAUUCAUGUUCCUGAUCCUGUCAUUUCAAUAGCAAUGAGACCUUCUAACAAGAAUGAUUUGGAAAAAUUUUCAAAAGGUAUUGCAAGGUUCACAAGAGAAGAUCCCACAUUUAAAGUCCACUUUGACACUGAGAGCAAAGAAACAAUUGUAUCUGGAAUGGGAGAGUUACACUUGGAAAUCUAUGCUCAGAGGAUGGAAAGGGAAUAUGGCUGUCCUUGUAUCACAGGAAAGCCCAAAGUUGCCUUCCGAGAGACCAUUACUGCUCCUGUCCCGUUUGAUUUUACACAUAAAAAGCAAUCAGGUGGUGCAGGCCAGUAUGGGAAAGUGAUAGGUGUGCUGGAGCCCCUGGACCCAGAGAACUACACUAAGUUGGAGUUUUCUGAUGAAACAUUUGGAGCAAAUGUUCCAAAGCAGUUUGUACCUGCUGUAGAAAAGGGAUUUUUAGAUGCCUGUGAGAAGGGCCCUCUCUCCGGUUAUAAGCUCUCUGGGCUCCGGUUUGUUUUGCAAGAUGGAGCACACCACAUGGUUGAUUCCAAUGAAAUCUCUUUCAUCCGAGCAGGAGAAGGUGCUCUCAAACAAGCCUUGGCAGAUGCGACAUUAUGUAUUCUUGAACCUAUUAUGUCCGUGGAAGUUGUAGCUCCAAAUGAAUUUCAGGGACCAGUAAUUGCAGGAAUUAACCGGCGCCAUGGGGUAAUCACGGGACAAGACGGGGUUGAGGACUAUUUUACAUUGUAUGCAGAUGUUCCUCUAAAUGAUAUGUUUGGUUAUUCUACUGAACUUAGGUCAUGCACAGAGGGAAAGGGAGAGUACACAAUGGAGUACUGCCGAUAUCAACCAUGCUCACCAUCCACACAAGAAGAUCUCAUUAAUAAGUAUUUGGAAGCCACAGGUCAACUUCCUAUAAAAAAAGGAAAAGCUAAGAACUGACUUUCCUCACCUUGAGUUUACUGACUUUAACUGAAUGUGCAAUGUUUAGAUACUUUGAUGGAUUCCAGUGGAAUGAACUCAGGAUGCUGAAAAAUUUAGAAGCCCUUAUUUCACAUUCAGGAACUUCUGCUGUAUUCAAAGAAAUUAUAUGUAUAUUUCUAUUGAUUGGUUUUAUAGUUUGUGGCAAACCCCCCAAUAAAAUGUUACUGAAAAAUUUUAAUGUUUAUUUAAGGAGUAAAGAAACUAAUUUCAGUUAUACGUCUUAGUUUAGAAUGUGUGUAAACUUCUUUUUCAAUUUUUUAUCAUAAAAAUUUCCAGUAUACAGGAAAGCUGGAAAAAGUGUGCACAAGUCCUAUACCUUUCAUCUGGUUCCAACAGUAAACAAUUUUGGUAACAGUUUGCUUAUCGUAUUUGCUUUAUAUGUAUGUUGUCGGUGACUCUCUAGUUUUGAUUUUUAAAAAUUAUGAUUAUGCUCAAGACUUGAAGGUGAAUUGCAUACAUCACAUUUAGAGUUUCAUUAAUGGAUAGGCGUUUCUCUUUUAAGAUCCAUAUGGUCUUAAUAGAGACCAGAUUCUUCAUUGUGAUAUUAAAAUAUUAGCUACAUUUCUAGUUGGUUAAGUAUGUCUGGUUACUUUAGUUUGUGGCUUCCACAAAUUUAUGACUGCCUGUUUUAGGAGUGUAAAUGUUACUACUUCCUGUGGUCCUAUAGGAAGUAAAAAAUGGACACUUGCAUGUGUUAUUCAUAUUUGUGUUCAUAUUAAUGUUUCUGCAGCCCUAGAUAAUAAAGUAUAAUUAAUAGAA